GUUAUCGGUUCUCUCUGACAAGAGGCUUUGAAUAUCUGCAUCGUAAGAUUGAAUUGACCAUAAUGAACUGUCGUCUGCUAGUGUCGUUUGUCAUCGUUGGACUUGUUAUUCAUCAAGUCUCAGCACAGGCUGGUGGCUCGUGCGCAGGAUGUUGUGACUGUGGAUAUAUGAAUGGUUGCUACUGCGAUGAAUAUUGCCAGAACAACAAUGAUUGCUGCUCAGAUUACACUGCUAAUUGUGCCUUCAACGACCCCUGUUCGUCCGCUCCAUGUUUGAAUGGCGGUACUUGUGCCCAAGGUCAAGGUACUUCUUAUUAUUGCACUUGUCUGUCAGGAUAUAGCGGGCAAAACUGUGAAGAUUUCGACGCUUGUUCGUCCGCUCCAUGUUUGAACGGCGGUACUUGUACUGACGGUGAAGGGACUUCUUAUGAUUGCAGUUGUCCAUCAGGAUAUAGAGGUCAAAACUGUGGCGAGAUUGUUAGUACCUGUCAAUGGCGUUGUGGUGGUCCAGGAAUAGGAGGGUGUUGGUGUGAUUCAUCUUGCAGAAAUCUUGGUGAUUGCUGUGAAGAUUACAAUGCAUACUGUCAACUAGACGGAUGUCUCUCCUCUCCGUGUCAGAAUGGAGGCACUUGUAUCAACAAUGCAGGGUCGUAUUCAUGCGAGUGUCCAAAUGGAUUUAGUGGUUUCAACUGUAAAGAUUUUGACGCCUGUUCGUCCGCUCCAUGUUUGAACGGCGGUGUUUGUACUGACGGUGAAGGGACUUCUUAUGAUUGCAGUUGCAUGAAUGGAUAUUAUGGGGAUGUUUGUCAACACUUUAACUGGUGUUCAUCUUCUCCUUGUCUUAAUGGAGGAACCUGUAAUAACACUGAAAGUUACUAUACCUGUUUCUGCUCUGUCGGUUUCACCGGACAAAACUGCGAAUCAACCCAAGAGAUCGGUACCUGUCAGGGGCGCUGUGGAGGAGCAGGCCAGGGAGGAUGUUACUGUGAUUCUGUUUGCCAGAACCUAGGUGAUUGCUGUGAAGAUUACAAUAUAUAUUGUCAAUCUGGAAAUGAUACCAACCCUUGUGAUUCUGGGCCCUGUCUGAACGGUGGAGUAUGCCAUGACGGAUACAAUAAUUCAUUUGUGUGUUCAUGUCCCAGUGGAUACUAUGGACAAUACUGUCAAUAUUAUCAUGGAAAUGAUACGAACCCUUGUGAUUCUGGACCCUGUCUGAACGGUGGAGCAUGCUAUGAAGGAUACAACAAUUCAUUCGUGUGUUCCUGUCCCAGCGGAUAUUAUGGGAAAUACUGCCAAUAUCAUGAUGGAAACGAUACCAACCCUUGUUAUUCUGGACCAUGUCUGAACGGUGGAUCAUGCUAUGAACAAUAUAAUAAUUCAUUUUGGUGCUACUGCCCCAGUGGAUACUAUGGGCAAUAUUGUCAAAAUCAUGAUGGAAAUGAUACCAACCCUUGUGAUUCUGGACCCUGUCUGAACGGUGGAGCAUGCCAUGAAGGAUACAACAAUUCAUUUUGGUGUUCCUGUCCCAGCGGAUACUAUGGACAAAACUGCCAAUAUCAUGAUGGAAAUGAUACGAACCCUUGUGAUUCUGGACCCUGUCUGAACGGUGGAGCAUGCUAUGAAGGAUACAACAAUUCAUUCGUGUGUUCCUGUCCCAGUGGAUAUUAUGGGAAAUACUGUCAAUAUCAUGAUGGAAACGAUACCAACCCUUGUUAUUCUGGACCAUGUCUGAACGGUGGAUCAUGCUAUGAACAAUAUAAUAAUUCAUUUUGGUGCUACUGCCCCAGUGGAUACUAUGGGCAAUAUUGUCAAAAUCAUGAUGGAAAUGAUACCAACCCUUGUGAUUCUGGACCCUGUCUGAACGGUGGAGCAUGCCAUGAAGGAUACAACAAUUCAUUUUGGUGUUCCUGUCCCAGCGGAUACUAUGGACAAUACUGUCAAUAUCAUAAUGAGAUCGGUACCUGUCAGGGGCGCUGUGGAGGAGCAGGCCAGGGAGGAUGUUACUGUGAUUCUGUUUGCCAGAACCUAGGUGAUUGCUGUGAAGAUUACAAUAUAUAUUGUCAAUCUGGAAAUGAUACCAAUCCUUGUGAUUCUGGGCCCUGUCUGAACGGUGGAGUAUGCCAUGACGGAUACAAUAAUUCAUUUGUGUGUUCAUGUCCAAGUGGAUACUAUGGACAAUACUGUCAAUAUUAUCAUGGAAAUGAUACGAACCCUUGUGCUUCUGGACCCUGUCUGAACGGUGGAGCAUGCCAUGAAGGAUACAACAAUUCAUUCGUGUGUUCCUGUCCCAGUGGAUACUAUGGGGAAUACUGUCAAUAUCAUGAUGGAAACGAUACCAACCCUUGUUAUUCUGGACCAUGUCUGAACGGUGGAUCAUGCUAUGAACAAUAUAAUAAUUCAUUUUGGUGCUACUGCCCCAGUGGAUACUAUGGGCAAUAUUGUCAAAAUCAUGAUGGAAAUGAUACCAACCCUUGUGAUUCUGGACCCUGUCUGAACGGUGGAGCAUGCCAUGAAGGAUACAACAAUUCAUUUUGGUGUUCCUGUCCCAGCGGAUACUAUGGACAAUACUGUCAAUAUCAUAAUGGAAAUGAUACGAACCCUUGUGAUUCUGGACCCUGUCUGAACGGUGGAGCAUGCUAUGAAGGAUACAACGAUUCAUUCGUGUGUUCCUGUCCCAGCGGAUAUUAUGGGAAAUACUGUCAAUAUCAUGAUGGAAACUUCUGUGCCUCUGCACCUUGCAUGAAUGGUGGAUCAUGCUACAAUAAUUCGUGUCACUGCCCCAGUGGAUACGUUGGGGAUACUUGUCAAUAUGAAAUUGACGCCUGUAUGUCUAGUCCUUGUCAAAAUGGAGGAACCUGUCACUCAUAUGCGGGCAAUUUCUACUGCAGUUGUCCUCUUUAUUUCUCUGGAGUAUAUUGCGAGUAUUACAUGUAAUAAAACAAGAAUCAUUUAGAAGUAUCACAGCGCAUUGAAAAAUGAGGAGGAAGACAUUGAUUACUGCUAUAAUAAAUUAUUACUUGAAUACUGUUUUUUAAUGGAAACAAUAUCACCGAAGUAUCACAGUGCAUUGAAAAUGAGGAGGAAGACAUCGAUUGCUGCUAUAAUCAACUAUUACCUGAAUACUGUUUUUUUUUAUGGAAACAAUAAUAUUGCUUGGCGUCAUAAAAGACGCGAUAAAAUGGAGACUCUUGAUAUUCCAAGAAGAAAGUCCUCAUUGCGCUUGUAAAGGUUUAUGAUGACGUAAAAUUAAUAAAGCAUAUACAUCUUUGAUUUACUAAGAUAAGAAAACAGAUUGUAUGAAAGAGAAAUGUUAAGAAUGGGAUUUCUCAAGAAUAGGAUACUCCUCACUCUUUAAAGUUUAUAAUAGAAACAAAAUCUUAUGGAUGAGUUAUUAUUAGUGAGCCUUUUGCAUUAUUCACGAUUACAUAGAUGGUUUUGCAACAAAGAAUAGGCCUGUACAAGAGUGGCGCUCUUGCAGAUGGGCGUUACCCAUCUAAUUUCAUUUAUUAUUUCUUUCUUCAGCGGCGGGAUACAGCGGCACAUAGGAGAAGGGCGUCUUCUCCCUGUGUCGGGUUCAAAACUUUCAAGUGAAAACAUUAAAUUAUUAAAUAAUGUCACUUUUGGUUACCCUGAUGAGCGUUAUACAAUCUUAUAAGAGUUAUAUACAGCUCAAGCAGCUCUGAGUCCGUUAGUAGGCCCUUACAGGCCUACACAAUUUAUUUAAGGUAUCUUUAAAAUGUUUGCCUCCAUAACAAGUCAAUGUAUCGUGUAAAAUCAUGGACAAUGUUCCUCCAUGGUUAGUCGUAUCAAUUAACGUAAUAAACUUUUUUUUAAAUGUCUCCCCUC